AUGGUACUGGUUCUCUACCCUGUUUCAUUUCUGUGGAUACCCAUGACGUGGGAAUGCGACCACAAAAACAAUGGCUUUGUGUGUGGCACUCCCAUAUCCCGCUCCUGGGGUCAAUACUCGCCGUACUUCCCAGUGCCGUCCGAGGUCGACCCCGACAUUCCACCGGGCUGCAAGCCCACCUUCGUGCAAGUCCUCUCGCGCCAUGGUGCCAGGGCUCCGACUCUGGGGAAAGCCAAGUACUACGCCAGCCUCAUAGACAGGAUCCACAAACAGACUGUCGAUUACGGCAAGGAUGUCAAGUUCCUUCGAACAUAUACAUACUCGCUCGGCGCUGAGCAGCUGACCCCGUUUGGCCAACAUCAAAUGUUCAACUCGGGUUGGAGAUUCUACGAACGGUACCGCUCGCUCGCCAGCCAGUCUGUGCCCUUCGUUCGCGCCGGCGGCCAGGCCCGUGUUGUGCAGUCCGCCCAGAAGUUCACAGAGGGCUACCAUUCGCUCCUUAGCUGCCACCAUCUCGGCGGCGACGACACUUUACCUGAAUACCCCUACGAAAUAGUCGUCAUCCCGGAAACGCCUACCACCAACAACACACUCCACCACAGCCUCUGCCCGGCCUUCGAGAAUGGUACCUACUCCGCCGUCGGCACCAGCGCACAAGCGGCCUACCUACCCACCUUCGCCCCGCGCAUCACCGCCCGGCUCAACAGCCGCCUCCCCGGCGCGAACCUCACCGACGCCGAUACCAUCGCGUUGAUGGACCUCUGCCCCUUCGAGACCGUCUCCCAAUCUUCCACCGGCACCACCCUCUCCCCUUUCUGCAACCUCUUCACCCACGCCGAGUGGCAGUCUUACGACUAUUAUCAGUCGCUGGGCAAGUGGUACGGCUUCGGCCCCGGCAACCCGCUCGGCCCGACGCAGGGCGUGGGCUUCGUCAACGAACUGAUCGCGCGUCUCACGCGGUCGCCUGUGCGGGACGGCACCAGCACGAAUAGGACGCUGGACGCGGAUGAGAGGACGUUCCCGCUGAACAGGACGCUGUACGCGGAUUUUAGCCACGAUAAUGACAUGAUGACCGUGCUGGGCGCGCUACGGGUGUAUGAGAGCGUUGGGAUGCUGGAUAAUAGCACGAGGACGGGGCCGGAGAAGAAUGGAGGGUACUCGGCUAGCUGGGCGGUGCCGUUUGCGGCGCGGGUUUAUGUCGAGAAGAUGAGUUGCCGUGGUGGGAAUGAGGAGAUGGUCAGGGUGCUGGUGAAUGAUCGGGUCAUACCGCUCAGGGGGUGCGGUGCGAAUAAUUGGGGGAUGUGUACGCUCAGCCGGUUCGUGGACAGCAUGGCGUUUGCGAGGGGCAAUGGGCGGUGGGAUUCGUGCUUUGCUUGA